GUCAAUUAAUCGGGUCCCUUGAAUAACUAAUUCAUCGUUAUCCCGACAUAUUGAAGAUUGAAAAGAAAUCUGGAAUGGCUACGCUGGCUGGGGCGCCGUGGUUAAGAGCAAGGUUAAUCUCGAAUGGGCAGUCACUAUUAUAUUGUGGCAACCGGCAAAGUCUCUGCUUCCGGAGUAGAGGAAGAAGAAGUUUCUCGGUUUUUGCUUUAGCAGGGGAUGAAGGGGAUGUCCGAGUUCGUUUUGCGCCGUCUCCUACCGGCAAUCUCCACGUCGGAGGCGCUAGAACUGCACUCUUUAACUACUUGUAUGCGCGGUCGAAAGGUGGAAAAUUUAUACUUCGCAUUGAAGACACUGACCUGGAAAGAUCCACAAGGGAAUCUGAGGAAGCCGUGCUUCGGGACCUUUCUUGGCUUGGUCUUGAUUGGGACGAAGGUCCUGGUGUUGGUGGGAACUAUGGCCCAUACAGGCAGUCUGAGAGGAAUGCCCUUUACAAGCAAUUUGCUGAAAAACUUUUACAAUCGGGUCAUGUUUAUCGAUGUUUUUGUUCAGCUGAGGAAUUAGAAAAGAUGAAAGAGAUAGCAAAAUUGAAGCAGUUGCCGCCCGUAUACACUGGGAGGUGGGCCAGUGCUACAGAGGAGGAAGUGCUAGAAGAGCUGGCAAAGGGGACCCAAUACACAUAUCGGUUUCGAGUACCGAAAGAAGGGAGCUUAAAGAUUGAUGACCUCAUUCGUGGUGAAGUCAGUUGGAACUUCGACACGCUUGGAGACUUUGUGAUCAUGAGAAGUAAUGGACAACCUGUUUACAAUUUUUGUGUCACAGUUGAUGAUGCUACUAUGGCGAUCUCCCAUGUCAUAAGAGCAGAGGAACAUUUGCCGAAUACUCUAAGGCAAGCAUUAAUAUACAAGGCACUAGGUUUCCCAAUGCCUCACUUUGCGCAUGUUUCUUUAAUUCUUGCCCCUGACAGAAGCAAGCUCUCUAAACGGCAUGGUGCAACUUCAGUUGGUCAGUUCAGGGACAUGGGCUAUUUGCCUCAGGCAAUGGUGAAUUAUCUAGCUCUCUUGGGAUGGGGUGAUGGUACAGAAAAUGAGUUUUUCACCCUUGAGCAACUUGUUGGAAAGUUCACAAUUGAACGUGUAAACAAAAGUGGUGCCAUAUUUGAUUCGACCAAGUUAAGGUGGAUGAAUGGUCAGCAUUUGAGAUCGCUUCCAUCUGAAGAGUUGAACCAAAUCAUUGGUGAGAGGUGGAAGGAUGCAGGCAUCGUUACAGAAGCACAAGGAGUCUUUGUACAGGAUGCUGUUCUUCUCUUGAAAGAUGGGAUUGACUUGAUACCAGAUUCAGAGAAAGCGCUUUCAAGUUUGCUAUCUUAUCCUUUAUAUGAAACUUUGGCAAGCACGGAGGGAAAACCGAUCUUAGAAGAUGGGGUCUCUGAAAUUGCUAAGAGCUUGUUAGCCGCCUAUGAUGGUGGUGAGCUCUCUGGUGCACUUGCAGAAGGCCAAGCUGGAUGGAAAAACUGGGUGAAGAACUUUGGUAAAUUGCUGAAGCGCAAGGGAAAAUCUCUCUUCAUGCCUCUUCGGGUAUUGCUAACGGGAAAACUUCAUGGACCUGAUAUUGGGGCGACCACACUUUUGCUCUAUAAAGCAGGAACAUCUGGCUGUGUAGUACCCCAAGCUGAGUUCGUCACAUUUGAUGAAAGAUUUAAAAUAUUGAGAGAAGUUCAAUGGGAGUCGUUCAGCACAAAUGUGCCUUUGUCUGCUGGUGCUGUAACUCACUGAUAUUGAGGCGAUAUGCUGUUUAUGACUUCUCUCUCCGCCAGCUCCUGGAGAAACAAAAUGAAGCUGCGUGGGAUUUUCUUGUGUUUGCACUUCCACUCGCGUGGAGUCAAAGAGGACUGCCAUCUCUAAGUGGGAUUCUUUUUCCUUUGCGUCUUCCCCCUCCCCCUCCUCCUCCACAGGGCAUCUCUAGUGCGACCAUGAACUGUUUGAUAUCUUACUACUGCAUGCCACUUGCUGGUCGGAGUAGUAACAGAAAAAUGGUAGAUUAGUCAGCAGGGCAUUGGUCCAAACAAACUGGGUUUCCUUGCUUCCAGUGAUUGUUCUACCAUGUAUAGGCUUCCUUCCAGUGAUUGACUGACAAUUCGUCAUAAUUUUGUUUUUGGAUGAUGUGAUAAACCGUUAAGUUCACUUGUUGGUAGAGUUAUAUUGUUCUUUA